GUUUGCGCUACGCCCGAUUGUCUCAACUAGCCCUAUGAGAGCACAAGAGCUCAUUUCUCCUUUGGGGAGAGAUGAGAGUGGUCUGGGCCCUUCCCCGAGGGCUAUUAUUCAAAGUCGCUCCGCAACAUCCGAGAAGCAAGUCCGCGUUGCGCAAUGUGCAGGGGGGGCGUUGCGGUCCCUUCUUCCUUUUCUUCUGCCUCUGCUCUUUUUUUUUUUUUUUUGUCCCGCUAAGACCGUGGGAAUAGGGGGAAGAACCUCGAUCGUGAGACCGGUCUCCGACUUGGCCGCCGCUGCCGCCGCCGCCGCCUCGACCGCGUUUCCUUUUCAUUGGACCUCUAAGACGAAGAGGAGGGAAGCAAUACCGGGAGAACGCAAAGGUUGGUUUCCGGCACUAGAUGACAACAAGAUGGCGCGGCGGGGCGCCGACACCAAACCAGACGGAGUGCCUUUACGCGGGUGUCAGUCGAUGCCGUCCGUCCCCUCCGAGGAGCAGUCGGGGGUCCCCCAUCAUGACGAUGUCGAUGCCGAGCUAAGGGGAAAACCCGGCAAAAGCCAAGUCGCACACCCAAUUUAGCAGCAUCCCGUUUGGUUCGAGUAGAUCUGCCACCC